UGAAAACAUCAAAGGCAAGGAGCCCGGUAAGAAUUUAUCCAUAUCUGUAUAUGUCAGCCACCAUUAUGGUAUCAAUCGACUCACUUCUCACGAUAAGACAGACAGUUUUCAUAUAAUUUGAAUUCUUUGUUUAAUGGAAUUAAAAAGUCAGAGACAGAGACAACAUCAGUUAUUUUCCCUCCUUUUCUCGUUAAGCAUCGUGGACGUAUCCCGCCCACAUGUUGAAACCCUCCCUUCAUCUCGAUCCCUCUCACAAAAUCUCAAGACUUUCAGUUCUCUUCGUGUUCUCUUUGAAUCGGCUAUCAUUAUGUCUCUCGCCAAUGUCCUCAAGACUCUUUUCUUCGUGCUCUGCUGCCUCAUGAUCGUCACUCUCGGCUACACCAUCUCCAUAGACGGUCUCCCCUUCCGCAAAGACCUCCUCACUCCGUGGAUGGCGGCCACUUUGGUUGAUUUCUACAUCAACGUUGUUCCUCUGGCGGCUUGGGUUUCCUACAAGGAACCAAACUGGAUUAGUGCAAUUAUUUGGAUAAUUCUCCUUGUAUGCUUUGGCAGCAUUACCACCUGUGCUUACAUUUUCAUUCAAUUUCUCAAGUUGUCACCUCAAGAAUCUUUACAAGAUCCCAUGUACCAUGUUCUGUUGCGGUAUCCUAUCAACCUGGAACAUAAAAGAAAGAACUCUCCUGUUGUGGCUGCCAGAAUCAUUUUUGGUGCCCUGGGUUUGUUUAUGUUGGGAACUCUAGUUUACACUAUCUUGACUGAUGGUUCUCCUUUUCGCAAAGAGCUCUUCACUCCGUGGAUGUCAGCAACACUAAUCGACUUUUACAUCAAUGUCGUGGCUCUUUCGGUUUGGGUUGCCUACAAGGAACCAAGUUGGUUUAGCGCAUUCCUUUGGGUGAUCCUUUUGAUAUGUUUCGGCAGCAUAAGUACAUGUGUCUACAUUGUCCGGCAGCUGUGGUGCCUGCAUUCCGAAGAUUCACUCUACCUCAUUCUUUUGAAUACUAGUAACAGGGCAGAAAACUGGUAUGAUAGAACCUUUGUGAUAGAUGCUGCAAAAGUUGAGAGUCAAUGAGCUCAACGGAACAGUUGCCGGGCGAUACACAAUUAACCAACAGUGCAAAUUACAUUUAGCUUUCUACUCUUCGCCGGCUAUAUCGACACGGUUAUGAACACUCCUUCCAUAUUCAAUGUAAACAAUUUUAUUGUUGACUGACUUCAUGUAUAUGCAUGGAUGUCUGUGUACCUUAUGAUGAACAUUCACUUUGUGAAGAUAUCUUCCUACAUCAGUAUACAAUCAAAGAAUUAUAUAAAGUAUUACAUACAAAUUGACAUGGUAUCAA